UUCCCGGCAAAGUAAUCGAAGAGAGAAACAUAUUCAUUACUCUAAUCAAUAAUCUCUCCACUCUCUCACAAGUUCAUAGUGUUUCUUCACAGCCUCGAAAAUCAUCUUACACAAAUUAUGCAAAUUCAUGGCCAACAAUGGUGAAUCCUUGAUGACGAUGAUGAUACAGAACCCAACGCGGACAACUCCAUUCUCUCUUCGCACAAAUCCUACCUCCACCAAAUGCUCGGCAACUUCCGAAAAACUUGCGUUCCUCACAUCUUGCUCUGGCCACGCAGAUCACUGCACGUGUCCCGUCCCCUCCAAUGGAAGCUCCGGGAUGAGUACAAGCUGACCCGACCCGAAUUGGUCGACCGGAUCUCCCGCCUCCUCGUUCUCCAACGCUUCAACGCCAUUGACGAGCUCUCCUUCCAGUUCUCUGAUGAACUCCUGGAUUCCGUUCUGCGAAAGCUGAAGCUAAACCCCAAUGCCUGCCUAGGGUUUUUUCGAUUGGCCUCGAAGCGGCAAAAUUUCAGACCUAAUUUAAAGUCUUACUGCGUAAUUGUUCAUAUAUUGUCUAGAGCUCGGAUGUACGAUGAGACCAGAGCGCAUUUGAAGGAAUUGGUAAGUCUCUGUAGGAAUAAUUACUCGGCUUUUACUAUUUGGAAUGAGCUUGUUAGGGUUUAUGAAGAGUUCUCUUUUUCCCCAACCGUUUUCGAUAUGAUUCUGAAGGCUUAUGCUGAGAAAGGCCUGACAAAGUAUGCAUUGCAUGUGUUUGAUAAUAUGGGAAAGUGUGGUCGGGUUCCGAGUUUGCGGUCUUGUAAUUCUUUGUUGAGUAAUUUGGUAAAGAAUGGUGAACAUCAUGUUGCAGUGCUUGUUUAUGGUCAGGUCAUUAGGCUUGGUAUUGAUCCUGACGCGUUCACUUGUGCUAUAAUGGUAAACGCCUAUUGUAAGCAAGGUAGAGUUGGCAGAGCCGUGGAAUUUGUCAAAGAAAUGGAAACAUCAGGUUUUGAAACUAAUUCGGUGACUUACAAUAGCUUGGUUGAUGGGUAUGUUAGUUUGGGAGAUGUGGAAGGAGCGGAAGGAGUGUUGAAGUUGAUGUCUGAGAAGGGAAUUUCGAGAAGUGUGGUCAGUUAUACCCUUUUGAUUAAGGGUUACUGCAAGAAACGUGGGAUGGAGGAAGCGGAGAAAGUGUUUUUGAGAAUGAAAGAGGAUGAAUCCGUUGUUGUGGAUGAGCAAACUUAUGGCGCGUUGUUAGAUGGCUAUUGUCAAGCUGGUAGAAUAGAUGAUGCUAUUAGGAUUGGAGAUGAGAUGUUGCACCUAGGCUUGAAGAUGAAUGUUUUCAUAUGCAAUUCUCUGAUCAAUGGGUAUUGUAAACUUGGUCAAUUUCAUGAAGCAGAAAGAGGGUUGGUGCGCAUGCAAGAUUGGGGUCUAAAACCGGAUUCAUAUAGUUAUAAUACUCUGGUGCAUGGAUACUGUAAGGAGGGUCAAACGAGCUCGGCUUUCAAGAUUUGUGAUAAGAUGCUUCGAGAAGGAAUUGAUCCGAAUGUUGUAACUUAUAAUACUCUUCUCAAGGGUUUAUGUCAUUCAGGUGCUUUCAAUGAUGCUUUGUGUCUUUGGGAGCUAAUGAUGAAACGAGGUGUGACUCCUGAUGAGAUUGGAUAUUGUAUUCUGCUUGAUGGGUUAUUCAAAAUGAAAGAUUUUGGCAGUGCGAUUAGGCUAUGGAAUGAUAUUUUAGCCCAAGGUUUCACUAAGAGCAGGUUUCUUUUCAAUACAAUGAUAAAUGGACUAUGCAAGAUGGGACAAAUAGUUGAAGCAGAGAACGUUUUCAACAAGAUGAAGGAGCUUGGAUGUGCACCUGAUGAAAUUACUUAUCGAACCCUGAGUGAUGGGUAUUGUAAAUUUGGAAAUGUUAUAGAAGCUUUCACAGUAAAAGAAUUGAUGGAAAGGGAAGCAAUAUCUCCUUCCAUUCAAAUGUAUAAUUCUCUUAUAACUGGAGUCUUUAGAUCUAGGAAAUUAAGUAGAGUGAUGGACCUUUUUGCUGAGAUGCAGACUAGGGGACUAUCCCCUGAUAUUGUCACUUAUGGAGCCCUUAUUGCUGGUUGGUGCAAUGAAGGGAUGUUGAGUAAAGCUUUCAAUGCGUAUUUUGAGAUGAUUGGUAAAGGGUUAGCUCCUAAUGUAGCUAUUCAUAGCAAAAUUACCAGUACUCUCUACAGAUUUGGUAGGAAUGAUGAAGGAAGUCUACUAUUACAUAAGUUAGUAGAUUUUGAAAAUUUUCCAGAAUGUGGAUUUUCCUUCCAGCCAUGUAAAGCUGGCAUUACAAAUAAAGAAAUUCAGAGAAUUGCAGAUUUUCUUGGUGAAAGUGCCAAAAGUGCAUCUUUGCCCACCAACAUUGUGUACAACAUAGCUAUUCUCGGACUCUGCAAGUCUGGGAAGGUUUCUGAUGCAAGAAAGUUUCUAUCUGCCUUGUUGCUUCGAGAUUUUUCUCCAGAUAAUUAUACUUACUGUACCCUAAUUCAUGCCACCGCAACUGCAGGUGACUUGAAUGAGGCUUUCAGUUUACGAGAUGAGAUGCUGAAUAGGGGUCUUGUUCCCAACAUUGCUGUAUAUAACGCCCUUAUAAAUGGUUUGUGUAAGUCAGGAAAUCUUGAAAGAGCGGAGAGGCUUUUCUAUAAACUUCAUCUUAAGGGUUUAGCUCCUAAUGUUGUGACCUAUAAUAUUUUGAUGGAUGCGUACUGCAAGACCGGUAAUGUUCAGGAAGCUUUUAAGUUGAAAGACAAAAUGAUCAAAGAAGGAAUCGCUCCAUCUGUUAUUAACUACUCCGCCUUGUUCAAUGGCCUCGGCAAGCAAGGUAAUAUGGAAGAAGCAUUGAAGCUUUUUAUUCUCAUGAUCAAGACAGGAGCCGAGGCAAACCUUGGGAAAUACUCAAAUUUGAUUCAACAUUAUCUUAAUCAUGGGAAUAGCAUGGUGCAUAACGGGUCUUCCCUAAUCGCUGUUUCUGCCUCAUGAAAAGUAUAUCCAUUCAAGUCGUACAGCUUAUUUAUAUGCCUGAAAUCGUUGUUGAUGGAUCAUCAAAGGAGUAACAGUUUUAGGAUGUUGAAAUGAUCUCGAGUGUCAUUGGGGACUUUCUUGUUGGUUAAGCAUACUCUAAUUUUGGGAGCUCUGACCUUUACAAAAAGGGAGACCCUUUUGUGUUUCGGCGCUUCAUGAGAGACCCAGAUUCUUGUUUUGAGCAGUCCUCAACACUUGCUCAACUGCGGACUCAACUAUUACUCCGACAUGUGGGGACGUAGAGCACUUGCAUUUUCAUGUGCUCACCAGCUUGUAAAGCAUGCAUAGAUUUCUGUGGAUA